UUAUUUUACAACUCCCGAACGGUCACACUUUCUUGCGCUGUAUUUGUGUGUUUCAUAACAGGUUUCGCGACGCGGCGCAGUUGUUUCUCUGGCCAAAACGAUCCCGUUCCUGCACCUGUUGCGCCUUGCGAAUCAAAUUGGUUCCCCCCAUUGCCAUUUCCAGUGCAAACCUGCGUUUGGCCUUUUUUAUGCCCUUUAGUUGUACGUUUCCACUGGCCGAGAACUAAUUGCGUCGAAGUGGGAUCCGCCAAAUCUUCAGCAAAAUGGGCAACACGAGUUCCAAGGGCGAGUCGGACGCCAGUGAGCCGCCCCUGGAGGGCGGGAAGCUGAACAGGCAGCAGCACAAGGCCAGCGACGCCUCCCACAACUCCCACAAUGGGGGCUCUGACGUGGGCGGCAGUCACAACAACCUGAAGGUGCAGCAGGCCCAGGGCUCGAUGACCAGGUCCGCCUCCGGGGCGGAUGUCACCGAGAAGUACCUCACCCAGCUGGUGCCGGUCGAGAAGCUGGCCGAGAUCCUCAGGGAACAGACGUCGGCCAAACUGGGAAUUAAUGGCAUUGUCGCAGAUGUCUUUGUGUCACAAGUCUUUCCGCAAUACACGGAUCUGGGCCAUCGGCUGUUCAACCUGAUGCACUCCAACUCCAAGGCCACCACAAGGCAUCUGGGCGCCGUCGCCUUCCGGCAGCAAUGCGAACGUUUCCUGGGCAUAAUGGACGAUGCCAAGACGCUGGAGUGCUACAUAAAGAUGUACGCCCAGGAGGACAACCCGGAGCAAAUCGAUAAGACGGGAGUGACGCGACUGCUCCACAUCUGUUACACCAUUGCCAUGCAGCACUCGGGCAACGCUGUGCUGUGCUCGGCCAUCAACCGCACGUUCGGAUCGGUGACCAAGUCCAUUUUCCUGUGCCACGACAGUAUGAGCCUGGGAUACGUUUGCCGCUGGUUCGAGCAGAACCUGAUGCGCCUGGUACUCCUGGUGCACAAGUACUGCGUACACACCCUGUCCACCGCCUAUCGCGGCCUGGAGCUGCAGAACCAGUCCUGCGGAAUCGAGUUGCAAACUCCUGUGCUUGAACAGCGCAAUCCCUUCACAGAUACCACGGACCACAGUGGAGGAGGUGGACGGGAUAUGGACUCCCUGAUGCCGCUCUCACAGGCCUGGCUGCUGGCCGGAGCUCUGCCGCCGCUGUACUCCAAACCACAGACGGUGGCUCCCCCAGCCAGCAAAGGAAACAACAAUAUCAGCGCCUCAACAGCCGUUCAGAUCUUCAAGGAGAAGCUGUCGAUGAUGCCCUCGCACUGGACCCUGCUGUACGACUCCAACGAACAUGGCGUGGGAGCCAAUCGGUUUCUGCACCACGUCCUCGGCUACCGGGGACCCACUCUCGUCCUACUGCACACCAAGGAUGAGCAGACGUACUGCGUGGCCUCGCCCAGUGAGUGGAAGGAAACCCAUCUGUUCGUCGGCGGAGAGGGUUGCUGUGUUAUCCAGCUGCUGCCCAAGUUUGUGAUACUGGAGAAGAAGCCCAACAUUCUGUACCUUAACACCAGCAUACGUGGUUAUCCGAAAGGAUUACGUGCCGGUGCCGAUCCGCGCAAGCCCAUUAUAGCAGUCGAUGAGCAUUUCGAGAAUGUGGACUGCAAGGGAUUAGCGGCAGGACUUGCGUCAAUCGAGGUUUGGGGCUGCGGCGACAAAACAUCACGCGAAGUGCAAUUGGACAUCAAGAAGUGGCAGAUCAAGGAGGCCGAGCGACAGCGGACAGUGAAGCUCACGGCCGCCGACUGGAUGGACCAUCCGGAUCGAUACCUUCUCGAGCUGGGCGGCAGGCAGAACUACAACAAUUGAUCGCAGCUGCUGCUGCGUGUACGCUACAUAUGUAUGCUGAAAGCAAUCGGAAUGCCUUUCGUUUUGGGGGCAUUCCCCACGACGAAAUUUACUGGGAGUCGCUACAAUUAUGCGCACGCAGCACGAGAAGUAAUCACUGGACUGAAUUUGUUUUUAAUUGAUGUUGAUUGAUAUUCGGUUUACUUGUUUUCAUUCUAUUAUCAGCGUUUAGUAUUCGAUUUGAUUUAUGUUCGUAACGUGAAUUCCGUGAAUGCCUUUAUAUGUACUUCGGUCUACUCUGUAUCUAUAUAUCUAUGUCAUAAAUCGUCUCCGUUUUCGUCAAUCAUAUUUUUAAAGUCUUCUGUUUUGUUCUGUAUCUUCGUUCAAAGUUAAGAAAGCAAGUAUUAUGAAAAGACAUAGGAUUCGAAGUGCUUAAGCAAAUAUUUCAAUAAAUGUUACAAAUAAAAAAGGGACUUGGAUUA